AUGCGCCGUGACCGGUGGUCAAGAACGAACAGGGAUUUGUGCGAUGCCCAUCAGGGCCUGAAUGCAAUUCUCAUGAACCAUUUGUUCAAGCUUGUCCGGAGGGAGGUUGGUCACCACCUUCGCAAGUUUGACGCGUACCCGGACUUGCUGAAGCCUCUCGAUACCUUGAUCCUGCAGAAACUACAGGCUAUACGGGGCAUGUGGGAGAAACCUGACCAGAAAGGCCAGGCUAUCCCAGAAGCAUGGAGCCAUGAGAUCAGUUGCUGUCAGGGUUGUAUGGUGGCCCGGGUUGCGAGUGACAAGAAUGCAUUGCGCAAUCUUCGAAUAGCCCUGCUGGCUCGCACGCAGACUCGUUUGAAUCAUGCUCCACGGAGACUGAUGAAAUUUGUCGACACUUGUAUUGAUCUAUUCCCUGAUUACGUGGAUGAGCUGUAUGGCACAUCUAGUCAGUUUGCAUUCAUUCUGAAGGACACCCGCAAGGCCUGCAGCAAGGCCUGGGCCAAAGACCCAGCACAUGCGGAUUCGAGACCCCGACGCCGAAGGCACACCCAUCAUGACAAAAGUGACAAGAAUGGAAAGGGUGCACGUAACCAUAGACCGGCUAGUGAAUAUAACCCAAGAAAUAAGUAUGUCCAGCCACCACCGCCAAUCAUAUCAUCCCACCCCACGGAAAGGUAUGUCCCCAAAUCUGCGUCAUUGUCUCAGUAUACUGACACUGACACGGAAGGGCGUAGACAGUAUCGCCCGACGUCGAGCCCUUCUAGGAAAGCCCCGACAUCAGCGUACCAUAUGAAGCGAGAUCGACGCUCGGCCCCAAACCCGGAUCGUGUGACUAGAUUCAUGGAUUUCGCCGAUGACGACUAUCAAGGCUUAGGGAUAAGCGAAGAAAGGCAGGGUGUGAGCACUGUCUAUGGGCCUCUAAGGGAUUCCCCAUCACCUAGCACUGGAAGCACCUUCUCAGGGACCUUGGAGAAAAUCGACGAAGUGCUUGAGAUGUACAAGGAUAUGGGCAAGAAUUCCCCAGUACACGGGAAUAGCGUUGUCCCACCAGAGUGUCGCUCCCCGUCGAUCUGCUCCACUGACAGUGAGUGGAGUGAUGAAGCUGAAGACCGGAGCAAAUCGGAAGGUGGCUCAACAGCGAGGGCUACUUGGAAUAUGGUGUGUGAACAGUCGAAUAUGAUCUGA